CUCGCCUGCGAUGAUGAGCUUUGCUUGCAGGGGCUGCUCUCCCGGCUGAAAGGAGGGUCUCGUUCAGUCCAGGUGUGUUGCAGUCCCCCCAAAACAGUUGCUCAUCCUUGUUGGCAGGCAAGCGAGUGGCCACAGCAGGAGCCUUGAUGGCUAUUUUUAAAAAAUUGCAUUUAUAUCCCACCUCAUAGAGCUCAAGGCAGCUUCGUACAUGGUUCUCCCUUCCUUGUUUAAUCCCCACAUCAAUCCUGCAAAGUAGGUCAGCAUUGUGGCUGAGCGGGGAUUCAAACCCUGGUCUCCCAAGUCCUAGUCUGACACUCUUACCGGUACACCACAUUGGCUCUCAAAGACAUGGUACUCCAGAUGAGGUGCUCACAACUCACAACGUCGGCAUUGCUCUGCUGCAUAAGUACUGCACACUGACCUACGUUGUUUGGCCUUUGUGCAUAACAUGAUAGGUGCAGAGUGCUUUUCCCUUCUGCAGAAAAGACCUGCGACUCAGAGAGCUGAUGUACCAGUGAAAAUGGUUUAACGAGUGAGCUCCAAAGCUGCUAAAUAGAAGUGUUAGCGGUUGGAACGACGGCAGGUUUUCCGGCAGCCACGUUUGGACUGAUACAGCAGGGAAGGGUGUGGCUUUGAUCGCAGGAACCACACAUGCAAUUCCACACAUGCAAUUCCUAUAGAAGCCUGUCUUGCCUGCCCACAACGCGGCUCCAGAGGAUUGGGGGAAUUGCUGAACGGGUGCCGUUUGACAUGGAUGCAGAUGGGAGGGGUGGGCAGAACCGGCAUCGGCCGUUUCUGCAAGCAAAAGGGCCUUCGCAUCAAAGCCCAGGGUCUUGUGGCAACUUGGAAAUGGUUGUGGCGUGAGCUUAUAAGAGAUGGCAGCAUGCAACGCUGGAAGCUCUUGUCCUCGUAAAACCAUGUCAACACAGGAAGCGGCCUUAUACGUACCAUUGGUCCAUCUUGCUCAAUAUUGUCUACGCAGACCGGUAGUAAUAGUUCUCUGGGGUUUCAGGUAGGAGGCCCCUCCUAGCCCGACCUGGAGAUGCCAGGGAUUGAACCUGCGGCUUUCUGUGUGCAAAGCAGAUGCUUCCUUGGCUGAUACACCAGCCACUCUUUCAGGUGGUCUCCUGGGCAGACUCCAUUGAAACGAACAGGGUGAGACGAGGGCCAUUUGUCGACUGGUGCGGCUUGAUCUAUUUGUGAAUGGAGAGCAGGGCAGCUGCCUUAGGCCAGGUCAGGCUGCUGGCCCAUCCAGGCAGGUGUUGUCUACUCCAGCCUUCCCCAACCUGGUGCCCUCCAGAUCUUUUGGAUCAUCAGCCUCAGCCUGCAUGGCUGUUGUAAUCUGAAACAUCUCGAGGGUGAACCAAGUUUAGGGGAGGUUGGUCUACUCUGCCUGGCUCUCCCAAGAUCUCGGGGAAAGCAAGGUCUUUCCACAUCACCACCUACCUGUUCCUUGAACCCAGGACCUUCUGAACGCAGCUCCUGUUCUCUACCACUGAGCUACUGCUUCUCCUCUCCCUCAAAGGAAGUGGACAUUUUGCUGUUUGCAAACACUCAGCAUACCUGUUUGUGUCGCAGAUUCAAGACAAUGGAACUGAGCACCUCAAGCCUCUCUUGGCGAGUGUGCUUUUUGGACACAUCUCAUGACGGGCACGACUUUCAUUUGGUCUAGCGAAAAGAACCUCUGUGAUGGUUUUAUGCCGUUCCAACUGAUGGCUUUAUUGUGAGUCAGCAAAUGCUUUUGCAUAUCUGGAAGGAGAUGUCUGUUUCCUCAAACACUUUCGCCAGAUAUCUUACCUUUUUUAAAAAAAACAACAACAACACAUUGCUCUGGAACGUUUGCUUUCGAUUGUGUUUUGUCUCCCUCGACUAUCGAAGCUUGGAUAAAGGAGCGGACAAAUUUCACCCCCUCUGGCUUUCUCAUUGUGCUGCUUUAAAGCGACGGCAACGAAGUAUCUCAAUAGGCACUUCGAAGUGCAGCUGCAAAUUAGAUUUCCGUUUUAUGUUCAGGAGAUGGCUGAAAACCCAUGUGCCCUGUAACGUUAAAAAAGAAAAGGGUCUUGCUUAAAAAGCUACAUUUGAGUAAGCUGUGUUCCCUUGGGGACAGAGGGGGUUAUUUUUUUAUUUUUUUUAUCUACGAGCACAGGGGGGCAUGGUGUGUCGUCACCACAUCAGGCUGCCUGCAAGCCCGGCUCACUUGCUGGGUGGUGUUACAGCUCAGGAGACGAGAAGCGAGAGGAGCAGGCGAAAAUGUCUCUCUCCAACCAGCCCUCCGCACCCCUCUCUGAAUACAGCCAGCUGUGCAAAGGCAAGAGCACAGAGGGAAUUUCGGAAGGCUUCCACUGCAUGGAGGCGCAGAAGGACUUCGGGAAGACCGAGUUUGCGUGGCAGAGGACAGAGGGCAAGCUGAAUGAGAUCGGACUGAACGUAAACUCUGGCGGGCAGCUGAAGGAUGGGCUGGUCAAGAGCAGCCAGGGCUUCACCGACGAGGACAAGCUGUGUUUCUUCGAGGGGAAACUGGACAAAGAGCUCAAGGCAGCCCCGAAGGACAAAAGAGGCGAAACGGAGACUCUGCAAGGCAAGAAAUGCCCGAUGGCCCCCCUGGGUCACCUUGAGAGCUGGGCUCUCAUCUCGGAAGCGUUCCCUCCCGCAGAAGGGGGCUUGGGGGGCGUCGGUGCCGCAGGCUCCCACUCUGGGCAGGCAGAGUCCACAAGGUCACCUGCCAGGAUGGGGCAGCACGAAGCCAUCACCGACCAGGAGAAGGCAGCAGGUAAGAAGGUGGCAGAAGCCAAAUGCCACCAGGGUCAGCCCGGGAGUGACCCCAAGAAAUACGCAGGCGAGCCGGAGACCAGCGUGUGGAAUCCCAGUUUCAGCCCCGUCCUGACCAGCAAUUUAGGUUGCCCAGAGGCGACCAGGAAGACAGAGGGGCCCCCUGCCUACAGCAUGAUUGGCGUGGUCAACGACAGCUAUGUGCAGAGCAGGUUUGCACCUUCCCCUGCCCUACCCAAGCUGGGACCCCCGACCACCACCGUCGAACUGGCCCAGGACGACUUCAGGAGCAGCUGCUUCAACAACCUCCACGACAUGGAAGACGAGAGGUUUUCCACAGAGGUGGGGGAGAAGCAGGGCUCUGACAGCGAUUGCGGCUUCCUCAACCGAGGGGCCCACCAGAGGAAGGCCAUGCGGCGUGCCAUGUCGGAGAGCUCCCACCUGUCCGUCCCCCCAGCCCUGAACCUGGCGGACAAAUACCCUGAGCCCCUGGCUCGGGAGGACCUCCUCGGCAGCCUGGUGUCGCCUAGUGGCAGCCUCUCCCAAAACACAAGCCCCAUGACCCGAAAGCCGAGCGCGCCAAUGAAAAGGUCGGCCACUGUCUCGGAAGAGCAAACAUCUGCCCGCAGCCUGGGCUCCGCGCAGAACAAUGCUGAGCCUCCCAGCCUCAUUGUGAACCAGGAGCACCCGUCCCUCCCCAUGGAGGAGCCAUCUGCCAGGAAGCGAGAGGAGUGGGACGCCAGCGACAGCGCCGUCAAGAGGGAGCUGGUCAGCCCCGGGCUGUACCACAGCAAACUGGAGCAAAUCCCCGAGAUAGGCGGCCAUGGCAAGGGAGGCAGGGUGGAGGAGGAGGCGGCAGCAGCAGCAGCAGCAAAGGCCGAGAAGAGCCAUGUUGUCAAUGAGCCCAGUUGCCUCGGCUCCCCGAGAAGCGGCAGGAUCCAGGAGAUGGAGCCGAGCCGAGCUGCUUCCGUGCCGGGGAGUAGAGAAAUCGAGGUCAGCGGUGUGCUGAGUGCUCCGUCUCCCCAGCAAGGCGAUGGGCCACGUGACGGUAUGUUGCUAAAUUUUCUUUCCCCCCCUCUGGGAAGCAGGCAGACUAGAGAUGAAGGAAAGCGACUUGACAGAUUGUGGGUAGGGGAGCGGACCACUCCGCCAGCCUCUCCUGAGAUGGACACAGCUUGCUGCGUAGCAGGCAGAACAAUGGGAAGGGGGUGUGUGGAAAAUCUGGGGUGACUGGGGAGAAGAGGGGAGGGGGCAGUUCCGUUGGCCGCCGAUAGAACAGAUUGCUUGCAGGUGCCAGGGAAAAUAAAACAUAAGAUGCAUGAAUAAAAUAAUGGGAUUAACUAUGCCCUGCUUUUAAAGAUGCCUGGUGAUUUUGUGGGAUCAGGCUGCUUAGUUGUAGGGUGAAAGUCAGCCAAGGUCCUGCAUGUCCACAAAACUGCAAGGAGGGAUGUGGCACAAAUUUGGGUCCUCCUUUUAGGGAUGUCGGCUUCUCUUUCCUGGAAGGGGGAGCGCACCAAGAAGGGGACAAUCAAUUCGUCCCUUUUGUGGCUCCAAGUAUUGGCACAGACCCUGUCCCAUGUAGAAGCACCUGCCCCUUUAAUGGGGGUGAAAAGCCUUUCAGCUCGCCAGGGACAGCCGUGCUUCUCUCUCUCCUCCCACCCCGCCUUUCUCUCAAUAGGGGCUUGUUUUAUUUCUUAGUGUGCCGGCACAAUGCUUUGAGGUCAGUCUGCUGGUCUGAGCUGAGGGAAAAUUGGGACAAGCACAGGCAAUCUUUUGUGGUGUGAAAAGAGGAGAGAAUCUCUCUCUCUCUCUCUCUCUCUCUCUCUCUCUCUCUCUCUCUCUCUCUCUCUCUCUCUCUCUUCUUUCUCUCUCUGAUUCCAGCAGAUCUGCCUUUCUGUGUAGCUGCUGCUUGCUUGGAAGUCAUGGGGACUGUGGUGGCAGGUUUCUACUGAAACCUCAGUAUCAAGCAUCUCCAAACGCCGGUUGAGAUAGCAGUGGGAGAGAAUAAAAAGUUAAAAGAAUUGCACAAAAUAAUUACUAAUGAGCAGCAGUGUGUGUGUGUGCCUUACCUAGCUUGUUAAAUCCGUAAGAUUGCAAAUAUUAAGGGUUGCUUCUUAGCCAGUUUGAACUGCAGCUUCACAGAGACUGGGGUUCCAGUUCAAUCUCUUGCCCUGAUACGAAUGAUCAGGUCGCUUGAAUUUCUGAACAAGGAAUGGCUUUGGGGGGAACUUUUACUAAAAUGCCUCCUGUCUUCACCCCACCCCUUCAGCUGUAUGGUAUUGCUCCUACCCCCGCCGAUACGAACAUUCCCACCCCUUAAAAAUCUUUUUCCUUGCCUCUCUUGGCGACUGCUCCUAUUGUUUCUCAGCUGCAACAAACUCUGCACCCAGGUUCUAGCAGGGGGUUUGGGGGGGGGGGGGCAAGAACAAGAUGAGCCAAUUAAGUGGGAAAGCAAAACCAGCCCCAAUCAAAUCCACAUUGAUCCAUUGGAAGCUGAUAGUUGCCAAAUCCUCACCAAAGGGGAGUACUGUAUACUACAGUAUAGAUAUAUAGAUAGAUUGAUAUACAUACACACAAAUAAAUACACUCACUGAUACUUAAUUGGGCCAAAAGGUGCUUCAGGCUAUUGCACCUCCAGUGAGGAGGGUCUUUGGCCCUCGAUAUUCAAAGAGAAGCUAAUAAAGUGCAGAAAAGAGGGUCUUGCCUUUCCAAAGCAAGCUAUCGGCCAUGUGCUGAGAACAAAGGAGCGUCUAGGCAGCAAAUUCAAUUACGCUAACCUCCCGAUAACCUUCAAUGUGAUAGACUCCCGUAAGCGAAGCUUGGGGUGUGUGCUUAUUUUGACGGCCAGGACUGUAGAGAUAUAUAUAUAUAUUUGACCUUUAUUUCGCUCUUCUGGUGACACCCAGUGGAUAUUGUUCUCUUGUGUUAGGGUGCAUGCCACCUCCAACCAUUAGGAAGAACUGCUCGGUUUAUGGGUAGUACAGUGCCACUUGCAUUCUGUGGGAAUCUUCGCUGGACACCCCCUCCCCAUUCUUCGUUGCCCCUUCCCCAUUCCAGAUCUCUAGAACCACCACCAAGCACAUCACAGGAAAGGAAAACUACACCCACAUAGCUAAACUGUGGAACUCGCUUCUGCAGGACACAGUGAUGGCGCCCAAUUUGAAUGGCUUUAGAAGAGGAUCAGACAAAUUCAUGCGCUAUUGAUGGCUACCACUAGCCGGGAUGGCUCUGCCCUGCCUCCACAAUCGGAAGCUGCAAAGCUUCUGAAUACCACUGUAAGCCACCGAGAGGGGAGAGGGCUCUUAGGUUCGAAUCCUGCUUGCUGGUUUUCCACAGGCAUCAUUUUGGCUAGUGCGAGAACAGGAUGCUGGACUGGCUGGACUGAGGGCAUGAUCCAGCAGCCCCAUCUUGCGUUCUUAUGACCCUUGGGGCUGUUUGUACAGCUUGUAAGGAUAAUUAUUGGAGAUGAAUGAGAGUCAUGAGCCGCCUCCCCCAGGGUCACUUGUUUGACUAUGGCUGGACUGGAAAUGAUGGAAGGAUCCCUGAGAGUAAAGUCUACGUUCCUACCAGCCUCUUGUUCUUGGGCAUUAUUAUUAUUAUUAUUAUUAUUAUUAUUAUUAUUAUUAGGGUGGAUGUGGAGUACUUGGGCUCAUUUUUGCCUCUUUGCCCUUGUUCCUCAUUUGUACAAAUAGAAAUAGUACCGUUCUGUGUGGCUUGUUUGUAUAGUGCCCUUCAUCCAUAAAUCUCAGGGCAGUUCACAACAUAAAAAUACAAGAUGAAGGCACAAAGCACUUCACCAGCCUGCAAAGUUUGUUUUAAUCAAUAAUAAACAUAUAACUUGCUAAGGACAGGGACUCUGGAUUGUCACCAUCCACAACAGUGAGAGGGGGGCAUCCAAGGUGGGCAAAGAAGAUCCUUCAGAUUCUUUGCAUUCCUACCACAGCAAGACACUGGAACAGUAAUUUGCCCGAGAAAUAACUGAAAGCAUGAUGGUCACAGUGUGCUUCCUGCCCCCAGAAUUUAGGGCCACCAUUCAGAGGCAGAAUUGACAUGGGGGGGGGGGAAUUAACAAAAGGCAGCGCUUUGUCCUGGAUCUUAGGCAAGUCGAUCAAAACACCAUGUUUUUGUGUGUGUUUUUAAUUUAAAAAGCUGAUUUUUACUUUUUGAAAUAUAGCAAACCCUAUUGAGCUGGUUUUCAGGUCCAUUAACCCAGUGUUUCUCACUCUUGGGCCUCCGGCUCUUUUGGGACUACAACUCCCAUCAUCCGUGACCACCGUUCCUGCUAGCUAGCCAUGAUGGGAGUUGUGGUCCAAAAACAGCUGUAGGCCCAAGGUUAAGAAACCCUUCCUCCAUUGCUUAACAGUUAAAAGCUUCGAAUCUCAGACUGGGUGAUAGAAAGAUUUGUAGGGGACUCUGGACAAUUUUACAUCUGCCAUGUACAUUUUAAAAACACCUCCCCUCUUACAAGAAUGACCUUCAGGGCAGGUUAGGGUCCCACUCGACCUGCUCUUAAUGCGAUCCAUUGGCAUCAAAAUGGGGAAUGGCUCUGACUCAAGGACAUCUCCUCCAGUUUGCAGCCCUUGAAGCUGCUGGCAAUGGCUUCGCCAUUCGUAACUGUAUAAACCUGGGCGGUCCAACUUUUCAUACCACCCAUACAUCAGCACGGAGCCUGAUUUGACACUAAAAUUUGGCACUCACACACCCAUCCCUCAUGCUGCCUUCCCAAAGACUGGGGAGGAUGUGCUGGGCUUUGGGUAGGAGGCGAGAGGCUCUGGCAGGGUCCUAGACCUCUCCCAUCCCCUCCCCAAAGCUGGGAAAGAGCUAACUAGGCUUUGGGAAGAAGACGGGAGGACUCUAGAACCCUGUCUGGGCCUCACACCUCCUCCUCAAAGUCCAGUGCCGUCUUUACCUGACUUUGGGAAGGCAGUGCAAGGGCUGGGGUGCCAAAAGUUGCCAAGGGCCGUCAAAAAAUGCCUCAAGGGCUGGUAUAAACUAAUGGUAUAAGCUGGUAUAAACUUAUGAAUGGUUGGGCAGUGUGCUCUGUGGAACUACCCCCCCCCCCCAAUCCUCAAUUUAGGAUGUUUUGUUUUCACAAAUGUCACUGAAAAUCUCUUAUUGAGCUAUGCUUACGUAAUGUGUGCAUUGAGCUGCUUAAGAGAUUAUCACAGGUGCCUGGGUUUGGAGACAUCAGAGCGAUCGUGAUUAAUAUUUAUACAGCAUUAUUUACAGGGGACAAGGUUAUUUGCCUAUGUAAGUCGUGAUGAUAGGAACCUAGGAAGCUGCUUAUACCAAGUCUGACCUUUGCUCCAUCUACCUUAGUAUUACCUACACCAGUGUUUCCCAACCUUGGGACUCCAGCUGUUUUUGGACUACAACUUCCAUCAUCCCUAGCUAGCAAGACCAGUAGUCAGGGAUGAUGGGAAUUGUAGUCUGAAAACAGCUGGAGACACCAGGUUGGGAAACACUGACCUACACUGACUGGCAACACCAUCCCAGGGUGCAGGCAGGGGUCUCUCUCUCCGCCCUACCCAGAGAUGUCGUGGAUUGAACCUGGGAACUUCUCUGCACAAAGCAGAUACUGUGCCACUGAGCUGUGGCCCUUCCCCAAAUUUGGGGGACUAAUAACUUUAGUAAACUACCAAAAUAAUUUAGUACAGUGGUACCUCGCAAGACGAAUGCCUCGUGCAACGAAAAACUCCCAAGACGAAAGCGUUUUGCGAUGUUUUUGGUGACUCGCAACACGAAUUUUUGCAGGUUUUUGUUUUUUUGCCGCAGCAAACCGCGCUUUGCAAGAUGAAAUUAUCGCAAGACAAAGCGACUCGCGGAACGAAUUAAUUUCGUCUUGCGAAGCAUCACUGUAUUGUAAAAUGAUGUCAUAAAAUCAAUGCAUUGAUUAACAGCCAUUAAACCACCAAACUCUGCAAGUGGAAACCUGCAGAAAGGCUUCCUUUAGUGCAAAAGCACUUUCUCCCACCGCCCCCCCCCAAAUUUGGCUUGGCAGAUGAGUCAGGAGAACCCCCAGAACCCCCCAUGGAGGGGAAGAGAGAGGAGAUUGUUCCUUCUGGCAAGCUGAAACGCUUGCACUGAUCCAGUGAUUGCCAUAGUGCUAUGCUGAAUUCUUCCUGAUAUAAAUCAGAAUAUAUUUUAAAAGACAGCCCCCGCCUACAGGUUCACAGUCUAAAAGAGGGGGGGAAACAUUGGCAGUGUGUAUGUGUGUGUGUGUCGAGAUAUGCCUGGUUUGUGCCACUUCAGAUUGCAUCUGGGGAGAUUUCCACAGAAGGCAAGCAAUGGCAGUUGCAGGAGUUCCCUCCCUGCAUCUGAAGUGGCUCAGCCCAGGCAUAGGCUGAUCACUGGGCCUUUGCAACUUGCCAUAAUAAUAAUAAUAACAACAACAACAACAACAACAACAACAACAACAACAACAACAACAAUUUAUUAUUUAUACCCCGCCCAUCUGGCCGGGUUCCCCCAGCCACUCUGCAGUGGCUCUGGCCAGCAUCCUGUUCUCACAGUGGCCAACCAGAUGUGCCCGUGCGGAACUCCCAGGCGGGACCCGAGGGCAACAGCAACCCCCUCCCACUUGCCAUUCCCAGCAGCUGGCAUUGCAUUCGGAAGCAAAAUUCCUCCAUCGCUGGAGGCAGAACACCGUGGGCCAUUGGUAGCUUUCUUCUCCUCCUGCGAAUUUGUUGAAUUCUCUUUUCAAGCUGUCCAAACUGGUGCCCAUCGUAGCCUCGUGUGGGAACGGACUCUGUAGCUUAAUCUCGUGGGUGCUUUGUACUGUUUUAUCCGAGCCCACAAUGCAAAAGGAUUUUGACCUAUUCCACGCGUAAUAAUACCUUUCCUACCUGCUGUGCAAAAUUGGCGGGUUGUUCAUAAGCCUUAUUUUGCCCCACCUCCAGUAACAAGCGAGGGCAGCUUAGUGCCGCUCCUAAAUUUCUUUCAACCCGUUUGCUUCUCCAGGGUGUGUGGUUAUCCCAUACCCUGCCUGCGGCUGUGUAGGUGUCCAGAAUGGGCUGUGGCUCCUAAUCUCCUGUUGCCUCUGCGUCUUUCAGCAUAGAAAAUGUUAAGCUUUUGAGCAGAUUAGGGCCUAUGAAUUCGGCUUUUGCAGGCAGGAGAUCGCAACCUGAAAGCAAGCGCCAUUGUGCACUUUAUUCUCCCCCCCCCCGCCCAAUAAAUAAACCUUUAAAAUCUGCAUUAUUUGUUGGGGUCGCUGUAGUUUGCAAUGCAAAGGAUACAACGGCUGUGUAUGUUCGUUGUUACGAUGAAUGGAAUUUAUUUCACCAGUAAGGAUAGGGGAUAUUGGGAAUAUUUUUACGUUUUGUAAUGUCUGCCCCCCCCCCUGUUAGUGGUUUGUUUCUGGGGUGAAGAAAGCCCUGCCCCGGAAAGAGCCCCCCUACAAAGCAUGACACAGAGGUUUAUGCUCACCCACAGAAGUUUAGGACUUGUAACAGCUGUUCGCUGGGAGAACUAAACAGAACCUCUGGGCUCAGAGGCAGUCUAUCUUUGAACACCAGGACUUUAUAAGGCUUUCCAGCGAAACCUGGGUGGCCACUUGCCAGAAACAAUAUUGUCAAGGCUGGUUCAGCUGCAGGUCAGCAUGGAGAGACACAGAGAUGAGCAGUAAAGUUGAUUCUUUAUUCAGGGAAACAGAAUACAAACAGAGAAACCUUUGGGCAAGACUGGCCCCAGUAAAGCAGUUGCCAGAGCUGAUUAUCUGUGCCUCCCACUUCCCCCUAAGUCCCCUCCCCAUCCAGAUGUUUUCCCAGCAGUCUUAAACUCUGUCACAGAAGGGGGCCCUGCACUCUCUCUGCUCUCUGCUACAUGCAAAGCCCUCCAUGCCCUUGGAGACAAGAGAAGAAGGGAGCAGAAUACAGUAGGGCCGGCAGGGAAUUGGGAAUCUGUUGCAGCCUCAGCCCCAUCUCUUCCUCAGCUGCCUGUCCUGAAUCUGCAGGGCUUUCUGCCUUUUCUUCCUCCCUCUCUCUCAAGCCUGCUGCUUGUUCAGCAUCUAACCAUUCUGCUCCCUGUUCAUCCUCUGACACUUCUUUUCAGUGUCAGUUGGGAAAAGGAAAAUGGUAAUGUGGGAAAGGGGUGAGGGAGAGAGAAUUGUGGAACGCCCAGCUGGAAGGGUUCUUUUUGGAGGGAGGAUACGCUGCAAUAUUUUGAUUCCGUUUGUGCCUGUAUAAGUAUGACAAGGAUACACGGGGAGGGUCCGUAUGGCAGAGUCUUCUGUCCCUGGCUGUCAAUGGCGUAGUCCUGGUUCUAGGCUCUUCCUUGCAGACAGGAGGGGCAGAAGGAGCUGCAGAUGGACUUCCUCGGUCACAGUCCAGGUUCUUUUACAUGGCAGCUUAUUAGUAAGUGUCUAGCCCAGUAUCCUGCUUCCAAGAGCAAGGCGGGCAGCCAGCUGAUUCCUGGAAGCUCAGAGAAUGGCAUGAGAGUGCCACACUCCCCUGUUUGCCUCCAGUGCUUGGUAUUUGGAUAGAAGGAGACUGCCACCACACCUGCCUAAUAGCACUUGGUUAUUUAUAAUACUUGUACCACAACUUCAUAAAAAGGAUAAAUGAUUUUAUGAAUUGCACUGUUUGACACUGGAGCAGACUGCUUUGGAAAGUAGUGAACAAUCCUUCAUUGGAGGUUUUUAAACAGAGCUUGGAUGAACAUAUAUCAGGGAAUCUUUAGCUGCUAGUAUAUUUAUUGAUCAAUCUAUCAGUUGAUCAAUCUACACACACACACACACACACACACACACACACACCAAAUCAGAGAUCACUGGCCAACAGUAACCCAAAUAUUUUUUCCUGUAAUUGUCUGCAAAAGCCUGGUGGCGUAGAAACUUUUUCAGCAAACAUUUCUGCUUGUCUGUUGGUAGAGCACUGUGCAAGACUGGAGGCCCGGUUUCAUGUAGAUGAGCCUCACCAGCAGACAACCAACAAUGCUCUUACAGGUUUCUUCUGUGCUCAAGCUGGGUUAUAAGGGUUCAGGCAAUCUCUGUGUUACACUGGACCAAGGUUGUUCAGGUAGCAGAUGGGUAGCCAGUGCAUAUGUUUUAACAAUGAUAUUGCAUGUUCUCAGUGAUUUGACCUCAUCAGCAUCCUAGCCACUCCAAUCAGCUUCUGGACCCAGGACCAAGGACAGCUCCACAUAUUGUUGAUAGGUCUUGUAGACCUAUGCUCCUAAAUCGGCCCAACUUUUUAAUAAUAAUAAUAAUAAUAAUAAUAAUGCCCCCACCCAUCUCUCUGGGUGGCUUGUAUCAUAUGCAAAAGCAUGAUAUAACAUAAUAUAACAUCAAACAUUAAAAACUUCCCUGUACAGGGCUGCCUGUACAGGUGUCUUCUAAAAGUUUUAUAUCUCCUUGACAUCUGAUGGGAGGGCAUUCCACAGGGCGGGCGAGAACGCCCUCUGCCUGGUUCCCUGUAACCUCACUUCUCACAGGGAGGGAACCGCCAGAAGGCCCUCGGAGCUGGACCUCCGUGUCUGGGCUGAACGAUGGGGGACACUCCUUCAGGGCAUCUUAAGCUAGUGUUGCUACCACCCCCAUCUUAAGAACAUAAGAAGAGCCUGCUGGAUCAGGCCCAUGGCCCAUGUGGUCCAGCAUCCUGUUCUCUCAGUGGCCAACCAGAUGCCCAUUAUGGGAAACCCACAAGCAGGAUUCGAGCACAAGAGCAACCAAGAUCAUCUAGUCCAACCCCCAGCAAUGCAGGAAUCUUUUGCCAAUGUGGGGCUCAAACCCACAACCCUGAGAUUAAGAGUCCCACCAAGUGAUCCCUGAGCUAGCUCUGCAUGGCAUUAUGAGCAAGAACUUCCAGCAGAUCAGCGUAUGUGUUCUUGGCUGCUAGGAAUUGCUUUUGUUCAGUCUCAGUCUGCCUUGCUGUGGCACAGAGGCAGCCCCUCCUGAGCACCCUGACGAAGGAACCUGCUGUAUUUGGAGCUCAUUAGGAGCAGCUUUCAGGGGCUUCUGCUAACAAGCUGCUGAGCAACAAGCGAAUGAAUAGAAGGCCGGAUGGACUUAAUGCUAAGAAUCCUCCCCCCCAACUUCCCCCGGGCGUCCUUCUAGUAACUGGAAAUAUUUAAAUGCUGUUCUAUGUACCCAUUCAAAAUCCCCUUAAACACAGACAAAUAAGGACAGUAGCUUUGCUUCCAGAUAAGGAGACUUUAAUAUUGCAAACCAGUUCAUCACAUAUCAGAAAUGGGUCAUUGGCAACAGGCUUGUUUAAUUUACCAGAUGCUCCCCAGAAAGUGUAAAUCUAGACAGUGGGGAGAGAGAAUAUGGGCUGGCAUGUUGAUGCCAAAGGCACAGAGUAGAUCAGGGGUCCCCAAACUAAGGCCCGGGGGCCAGAUGUGGCCCAAUUGCCUUCUAAAUCCGGCCCGCGGACGGUCCGGGAAUCAGCAUGUUUUUACAUUAGUAGAAUGUGUCCUUUUAUUUAAAAUGCAUUUGUGGGGCAUAGGAAUUCAUUCAUAUAUUUUUUUCAAAAUAUAGUCUGGCCCCCCACAAGGUCUGAGGGACAGUGAACCGGCCCCCUGAAAAAGUUUGCUGACCCCUGGAGUAGAUGCUACCAAAAAGCCCUGCAUGAGGAACACUGAUCUCCCUCAAAGAGAGGGUAGAACCCAAACCAGUGGAGUCAAAACAUUGGGCAGAAUUUUCUGACAGUAAGAGCUGUUUGGCAGUGGAACAGAUGACCUCAGAAGGCAAUGGGCUCUCCUUCCUUGGAGGUUUUCCAGCAGAGCUUGGGGCAGCCAUCUGUCGGGGGGGGGGGGUCGACUAGAUGAACCUUGCGGGUCCUGUCGAACUCUGCAGUUCUGUGAAAGAAGCACGUUAUCUGGAAGCACCCUGGAUUUCAAACUGUUUCGGAAAAGUGAAAGCACUUUUUGUAGCACCCAAGUUUGGAAGCAGGCAACUAGCACAGAGUUGUGUGGUCAAAAAGAAGCCUGGAGAAGAGAAGGUUAAGGGGUGAUAUGAUAGCCAUGUUCAAAUAUAUAAAAGGAUGUCAUAUAGAGGAGGGAGAAAGGUUGUUUUCUGCUGCUCCAGAGAAGCGGACACGGAGCAAUGGAUUCAAACUACAAGAAAGAAGA